UGAAGUAUUCCCAAGAACCAACAAAAACACUAAUUAAUUAAGCUUUUCUUCACCAUGGAGAAACAAACAAAUGGAAAAGCAAGAACAAAUGAUGAAGAAAAAAUUCAAGAAUCUCAUGAAGCACAAGCAAAUAUGUGGAAAUUUGUGUUUGGUUUCACAGAAUUGGCUGUGAUUAAAUGUGCCAUUGAGUUAGGAAUUGCUGAUUUUUUGGAAAAAAAUCAAGAACCUAUUAGCCUAAAUCAACUUUCUGUUGCACUUGGUUGUUGUUCCUCUUCCCUCUAUCGUAUCCUAAGGUUCUUGAUCAACCGUGGAAUAUUCAAGGAGACAUCAACCAAAAGCGGCAAAAGCGGCUAUGUUCAAACGCCUCUUUCCCGCCUUCUCAUUAAAGAAGGCGAGAAUAGCAUGGCUGCUUUCCUACUAUUUGAAAGCAGCCCUGUGAUGUUGGCAUCGUGGCACAAUCUUAGUGCACGUAUUUCAUCAAAGGACAAUAGUCUGUCCUCCUUUGAAGCUGCUCAUGGAAAGGAUGUCUGGAAGUACGCGGAAGCUGACCCUAAACACAGUAACCUCUUGAACAAUGCAAUGGCGUGUGACGCUAGAAUAGCAAUAUCUGCGAUUAUUGACGAUUGCCCCGAGAUAUUCAAGGGGGUGAACACGAUAGUUGAUGUUGGUGGUGGUGAUGGAACAACACUUAGAUUAUUGGUGGAGGCUUUUCCUUGGAUUAAUGGGAUUAAUUUUGAUCUCCCUCAUGUUGCUUCUGUUGCACCUCAUGCUAUUGGUGUUGUACAUGUUGGAGAUGACAUGUUUAAUUAUGUUCCCAAAGCUGAUGCGGCCUUCCUCAUGUGGGUUUUACAUGAUUGGAGUGAUGAAGAAUGCAUACAAAUAUUAACAAAGUGUAGAGAAGCAAUUCCACAAGAUAAUGGGAAAGUGAAAAUAUUGGAAGCAAUAAUUGGUGAAAAAGAAGAAAAUAUUAUAAGAGGAUCAAAUAAUAAGAAGCUCAAAGAUGUUGGUUUAAUGUUGGAUAUGGUGAUGAUGGCUCACACAAGCAAUGGAAAAGAGAGAACUACAAAAGAAUGGGCUUAUGUUUUGAAUGAAGCUGGAUUUAAUAGACACACAAUUAGUCACAUUAAUGUUGUUCAAUCUGUUAUUCAAGCUUAUCCUUCUAGAUUUUUACCGUGUUCGGAGACGAAUUUAAAAUGUAAACUCUGUUGGUUUAUCUUUAAGUGGGUUUUACAUGAUUGGAGUGAUGAAGAAUGCAUACAAAUAUUAACAAAGUGUAGAGAAGCAAUUCCACAAGACAAUGGGAAAGUGAUAAUAUUGGAAGCAAUAGUUGGUGAAAAAGAAGAAAGUAUUAUUAGAGGAUCAAAUAAUGAGAAGCUCAAAGAUGGUUUAAUGUUGGAUAUGGUGAUGAUGGCUCACACAACCAAUGGAAAAGAGAGAACUUCUAAAGAAUGGGCUUAUGUUUUGAAUGAAGCUGGAUUUAAUAGACACACAAUUAGUCACAUUAAUGCUGUUCAAUCUGUUAUUCAAGCUUAUCCUUCUUGA